CUUUUGUGUACAUCCGACAAUUACUGGCACAAAGUAAGAUUACGAUUUUCGACAUCUUCAAAAAGAAAAAAGCUUCGGAAAGUCGAAAACAACGUUCACUUUUAAAGUUUCAUAUGGUAUCCUCGAGUACUGUCUCUCGUUUCGGUCCCGACGGGCGACAACGGCUGCGUUAUUUGUUGGAUCUAUUUUCUUUUGGGGAUGGCUGUGCUGCGCCUUUCUCUCCUUCUCUCCGCCAUCUUGAAUUUUAAUGGUUCAAACUCUAGACCCCAGUCUUCCCCACUCAAGAGUGUUUCUUCAUCUCGGAGACUAAAUGCAACUGGACCAGGGGGCUUGUGGGCAUGAAGUGGCUAGGCGAAUCGAAGAACAUGGUAUUAAAUGGCAGACGACACGGAAACAAGUUGACCAGCGAGCAUACUGUUAGCCAGACUCGCUCUCAGCACUCACAGCGGGCAUCUCUGCGCCACAGCAAAAACAGAAACCGAAGAUGUAGCCGCAGGUUUAAUGCAGCCAGUCUCGAGGCAGAAAGACGCUAUGUGCCCUCGUCAGGAAUGACUGCCAAGGAGUUGUGUGAGAAUGAUGACCUGACCACGAGCCUCAUCCUGGAUCCCUACCUGGGCUUUCAAACUCACAAAAUGAACACCAGAUUUCGACCAAUUAAGGGAAGACAAGAGGAGCUGAAGGAAAUCAUAGAACGCUUCAAGAAACACGACAACUUGGAGAAAGCUUUCAGAGCUUUAACAACUGGAGACUGGUCCCGAAAUCUUUUUGUCCACAAGACGAAAGCUCAAGAAAAGCUCUUCAAGCAACAUGUAUUUGUGUAUCUGCGGAUGUUUGCCACAGACAGCGGGUUUGAGAUUCUCCCUUGUAAUCGCUAUUCAUCAGAGCAAAAUGGAGCUAAAAUUGUGGCAACAAAAGAAUGGAAAAGAAAUGACAAGAUCGAGUACCUGGUGGGAUGCAUUGCUGAGCUUUCAGAGAGUGAGGAAAACAUGCUGCUCCGGCACGGGGAGAAUGACUUCAGCGUCAUGUAUUCAACCCGCAAGAACUGUGCGCAGCUCUGGCUGGGACCAGCUGCGUUCAUCAAUCACGAUUGUCGACCAAACUGCAAGUUUGUAUCGACAGGACGGGACACAGCCUGUGUGAAGGUUUUGAGGGACAUUGAACCAGGAGAGGAAAUCUCUUGUUACUACGGAGACGGGUUUUUUGGGGAAAACAAUGAAUAUUGUGAAUGCUAUACAUGUGAACGACGGGGCACUGGUGCUUUCAAAUCCAAAGCUGGACUGCCAGUGGAAGUGCCAGUAAUCAACAGCAAGUACGGGUUGCGGGAGACGGACAAGCGUCUCAACAGGCUGAAGAAGCUGGGGGAAGGAAACAGGAGCUCAGAUAGUCACUCUGUAGGCUCCCACACCGACGUUGACUCUCAGGAAAUGCCAAAAACACAUCAAUCUGCCAGAAAAAGAACAUCAUCUUCUGGCCUGAAGUAUAAAAACAGGACUCAAUCCAGACAGACUUUGUCAAGAGCCCUUACUACCUCAUGUUCAAAACAAGGUCGUGUGAACAAUAACAGGGUACCAAAGAGACUAAAAUCCCAAUCCAAGCCUUCACUAAGUAAAGUCCAGUUGCGGAGUCGCAGGAGGGGUGCAGAGCCCAAGGCAUUGGCCAAAGGAGAGACUUGCCAGCUGGGUCUCAGGGACUCAAAGGUGUCGCUGUGUAAAGGUGUCACCGUGAAGAAGGAGAAGGAUGGACAGGAGCUGGUUCAGCAGACAUUAGGCCAGCGGGGCUGCCUCACCCGUCAUGCUGCCAAGGAAAAUGGCAAUCUACCACAUGUGCAAGGCAGUGAGGGCAGCCAGUGUUCGACGUACAGAACUCGCAGGUCCACAAGGACCCUUGUAACGGCCCAAGAAACUGCGGCUGGCGUUAAGCUGGAGCCCAGUGCUAUGGACGGCCUGAGCCCAGUCCCUGGUGGAGUGGUCAUUAAAACAGAGCCAGCUGACAUGGAGGAGUACCUCCGCCAUGGAGUAGGACUGGAGCAGCCGGCGUUAGACUCUGGCUAUGCCAGAAGAGGCUCGUGCACCAGGCAGAAACGGCUGACACGGACAAUUAAAUGUGAGGACUCGUAUGGUGAGCCGUUCUUGCCGGUGGCUGCUACCCACACCGCUAACUUCUCAGACUGUGGUAAUGUGCUGUUGAGCUUUGCCGACCGGCACAGGGACUACAACGGGGUUUCCAACUGCAGCAAAUCCCUUCGCAGGGAAAAGGGUAAAAGUGGCUGCCGGUCACAGGACAAGGGGAAAAAGAAGCGUCAGAUCACACGAUACGACGCUCAGCUAAUCCUGGAAAACAACACGGGCAUCCCCAAACUGACGCUCCGCCGGCGGAGGGACAGCAGCAGUAGCAAGACCAAUGACGCCAAUGACCCCAUUGGCUCCUCCAACCUUUCUGCCUCUACGGUCAACUCGGCCUCUUCCAGCAAAAUCAGCAUCAAGUUCAGUAAGGAGCACGACAAGGACAAAGGCAGCUCAUACAUAGCCAAGCUGAAUAACGGCUUUGCCCCUGUGGUCCACAGUAACUCCACCAAGCUGAAGAUCCAGCUGAAGAGAGAGGACGAUGCACGGAGAAUACCCCAGACAAAGGCUGACCAGAUGUCCUAUAAUGGGGACAUGGGCCAGAGUAUGGAGGCCAGAAAUGGUGGACAUCGGACCCAAAAGGUCCUGGCGGAGCCGUCGUCCUCUUCAGACGACGACGACGAUGACGAGGAAGAGGAGGAUGACGACGACGAUGACUACUUCGACAAUGAGUUUGAAGACGAUUUCAUUCCACUUCCUCCAGCAAAGCGCCUCCGACUCAUUGUGGGUAAAGACUCAAUAGACAUCGAUAUCUCCUCCAGGAGGAGAGAGGAUCAGUCUCUGAGGCUCAAUGCAUAAGCUGUGGAGCUCAUCACUCCCACCUUUCCCUUGUAAAUAAAGAUGACUCGCUAAUCAACUGUUGUGUUGAUGUAAAAGAAGUACAGUAAUUUAAAAAAAGAAAAUUGCUGAAAAUGUUGAAUGAACGUUACUAGAAGGUUCUGUUGACCUAAAACAAAUCUCUGUUAUUCACUUGUGUUCAUUAUUAAUUUUCUAGUGGAAUUUGAGUUCUUAUAAAAACGAAUUACUUGAAUUAAGAAAUGGAUUACUCACCAAGUCCAUUUUUCUGGCAGCUCUGUCUACACGUAUACGGACAGAAAACUGAUAUUUACAUUUUUGCCCCCUCCCAUGCAAACGGAGUUUUAGGUCACUUAAACGGAUAUUUUUUAAACUGUGGUUACUGUGUAUCCGUGUGGACCUGUAAAACGGAGCGUUUGGGAAACGAUGCCUUUUGUUAUGAGCAUGCGUCUGAAACAAAAACAAUUGCGGACUAACGGUAGACUAUUGUAAAGUGACGCUAAGCAGCAACCUCAUCCCACACAAGUCAUAUUUCAGUUUUGCCAUAGCACCGACGAGCAUUUGGAGUCGUUUUUGCAUUCUAGUGUGGACGGAGAUAUUUUAUAAAACGAAGGUCAUGCUGGUAAAAAAUAUUUGUUUUCAAAAAUAUCCAAGUACGUGUAGACGGAGCCUAAAUCUGCACUCUAUGCUAAAUGAAAGCUGCAGGAAGUCCUCAUUGUUUCUGAAUAAUCUGGCCGGACACUAAGUGAAAAACGAGAAUUUGUUUUAGGUUGAACUAUUCCUUUAAGUGAAUGCACUUGUUAUAUUCAUAAUGGACAUGGAUAUUGUAGAAAGUGUACAGUAUGGUGACUAUCCCCUCUGUCUCAUAGGCAGGUUUUUAUUGAGCUUUUGAUUUCUGUCUCAUAGUUUGUAAUCUUUGUGUGGCGAACCAUGCUGAACGUACAGUGUGGUGUGGUUGGUCCAGAGGCAUUAUAAGAUCAUUCAGUUCAUUAGGUGCCAUGUUCUCAUUAUCCCAGUAGUUUUCCUGGUAAAGAACCACUUGAAUUUCAGUAAUUCACUAAUUAUCAACAUUAUUUACUAUGUAAGUUAAUCAUGUGUCUCUCUGUAGAGUUCAAUCAUGCAAUGUUAAACCUUUAAACAAAACUGUGCUAUCAUCUUAUUCACCAUAGAAAGAGUUGUUGAAGCAGACUGUUUUAUAUAUGUUAUUAACAUGCACCCAAAACGUGCUGCCGACCACUGACACAAUAAUCUCACAUGAAAGAGUAAAAUCUGAGUUAUCAUUCUGAAACAUUAUGCAUGUGGAACAACAGUGUGUGUUUAGUUUGCCUGCAGUUGUCACACAUUCAUGACAUGAACGAUAUAAUGGAGUUGCACAAUGUUUUUUCCAGUGAAUCGACUCCAGAGCGUUGUAAAUAAAUUAAGUUAAUUAAGCUGCAGAAUUCCAAGAAAUAAAAGCACACAAUGUUUUAUAAUCAGAAUACAGUCAAGAAUAACUGGAUGAGUGUUUGUCUUUGGAGCUACUGUAUAAUGGUAACAUGGCACACAUGGUAGUUCAAAGGUAAAUCAAACCAAAUUCAUACAUAAAGGCUACCUAUAUGCUUUUUGGAUCUGAAAUUCUGAAAAGUAAUGUACAGAAAGACUGGCUCAUGUCCCACAGAUGAACAUUUAUUUUCUCUCAAAGUCCAGUCUCAUUUUUUAUUGACCUAAUCUGAUUUUUUUAAGUCAACAAAGAUGUCUAUUGACACUAACGUUUGGGGAGGGAAAAUCACAUUGUCUGAAAUGUUAACUAGCGUAGAAUCAUGUAUUAUUUUCUCUAUGGUGCUACUCUUAUUUCCUCAUCAUUUUGUUUGAGUUUCUGUCCUGUGUGACUCUUUAUUAGUAGAUGGUGGCAGCAUUAACUUCAACAGGCCCAACAUUCUGUAGAACUACACAUUUAUAGAUCAGUAAUACACAUUUUAUCAGUUGUGUCUGUAGCCUACUUGUGUUUUUUUUAAUUUAUUUACAGGAGUUCGUAUGCUUUUAUUUUUGUUUGCAAAAAAUGGUAGAAAUAAACUGUCUAUCCAACAGCAUUAGGUGCCUUAACAAUGAGCUUUUUGACACAUUUAGACCAAAUUUGUAACUAAUCAAUGAAGAGUGACAAUGCUAAGCCAUCCGCUGCCCCCUUGAAAUAUUGCAACACUUAAACACAAGUCCACCGUCAGUCCUUCUGUAUAUUAUUUUAUCUUUGUUGUGGAAGUUAAUGAACUAUCCAAUAGAUCAAGGGAUCAACUGAGUUUGAAUGUUAACCCACUUCUCCUUGUGUUAAUAUGUACUGUUCAUAUCACCAGCAGCUAAUCACCGUUCUGAACCUGGCUCAGUCUGUCCUUUCCCUUCGUUGGACGUCUCCAUCCUACACUGUAAACUGUUCCAGGUGUACCGUCUGUGUGGUCUUUGUCCAUUAGACAGCUGUCAAGAUUACCAAUUGAUUCAAAAAGUAAAGGCAAAAAAAGAAAAGAAAAACAAAUGUGAAUAGUUUGCGGACAUUUUAGCGUGUUGCGUGGGUAGUGGGAACGUAAAGAGAAUUAAAAAUGGACAGUGCAUAUAUUGUCCGAUAUGUAAAUCAUGUGAACACAUCUUGUACUUAUUUAACAGUUUUGAAUACUUGAAAACUAUAUAAAGUUUCUUUGUGACUCUUG